GCUGGGUAAAUUCACUGACACACAGGAAGAAAAAAAAAGACGAAGCCCAGUCUGGUCUGCAAGCCUUCUGCAUACAGCUCACUCCCCACGGCGAAACCGAGGCUGAUACAAAAGGACCAAAUCACUGCUCGACCCGUUUAUAGCAGGUAUGGCAGAGUUGGCGAGUCUGGUGCAGCGGCUGGAAGUGGCGGUGGGCCGUCUGGAGUCCAUGUCAGGCCAGGGAGGCGGCGCUGGAGGGUCUGCUGGAGGAGCUGUGUCUGCAUACGUCGAGGCCUUUGAUGGGAUCGUUAAUGGUUCUGUGGCCCAGUACAUCUCCCUCAGCCAGAAGAUCGGAGGCGAUGUCCUGAAACAUGCGGAAAUGAUGAAGCAGGCGUUCUCCAGUCAGAGACAGCUCCUUGUAACAGCCUCCUCCUCCCAGAAGCCCUCUGAUGCCGUUUUGACGACUCUCAUGCAGCCGGUGUCCAAAGCCAUCCAGCAGGUGCAGGCGUUCCGCGAGCAGAACCGCACCUCGAAGCAAUUCAACCACCUCUCCGCCGUCAGCGAGAGCGUGCCUGCGCUCGGAUGGGUCGCCAUGGCUCCUAAACCAGGCCCCUACGUUAAAGAGAUGCAGGACGCCGCUAUGUUCUACACCAACCGUGUGCUCAAGGAGUACAAGGAAAAGGACAAGACACAUGUGGACUGGGUGAAGGCCUACGUCUCCAUCUGGACUGAGUUGCAGGACUACAUCAAGCAGCACCACACCACCGGACUGACCUGGAGCAAGAGUGGCCCCAUGGCUUCAGCCUCCGCAGCUCCUCCCAGUGGUCCUGCUGGCGGAUGCCCUCCCCCACCUCCACCUGGACCUCCUCCUCCCUCCUUGGACAUCAGCGGAUCCUCCAGCGGAGGCGGCGGCGGCGGCGACGAGCGCAACGCUUUGUUCGCCUCCAUCAACAAGGGAGCCGACAUCACCAAGGGCCUGAAGCACGUGAACGAUGACCAAAAGACCCACAAGAACCCCGGCCUCAGGAGUCAGGGUGCCCCAGUGCGCGCCGGACCCAAACCCUUCUCCUCCUCCCCUCGACCCGCUGCGUCUGCCGCCCCGACCCGUACGCUGCCCCCUGUUUUGGAACUGGAGGGAAAGAAGUGGAAAGUGGAGAACCAAGAGGGAGUGGAGGGCCUGGUGAUCAGCGACACCGAGCUGAAGCAAGUCGUUUACGCUUACAAGUGUAACAAGAGCACGCUGCAGGUCAAGGGCAAAAUCAACUCCAUCACUAUAGACAACUGUAAGAAAAUGGGCCUGGUGUUCGACGACGUCGUGGGCAUCGUAGAAGUGAUCAACUGCAAAGAUGUCAAGGUCCAGGUCAUGGGUAAGGUCCCUACUAUCUCCAUCAACAAGACCGACGGUUGCCAUGUCUACCUGAGCAAAGACUCUCUGAAAUGUGAGAUCGUCAGCGCCAAGAGCUCCGAGAUGAACAUCUUGGUGCCCAACAAAGACGGAGAAUUUACGGAGCUCCCUGUUCCCGAGCAGUUCAAAACCAUCUGGGACGGCCAGAAGCUCGUUACCACAGCAACAGAGAUCGCCGGGUAGAGGGGGCAGCGUGUGAAACGGCUCGCCCCUCCUCGACAACAUCCCCCAACCCCCCCUCCCACCCACCCCUCUCUUUUUUGCAAAUGCCUACCUGACUGGUCAACCACCCCCCACCAGCUAACUCUCACACUGUAGACUGAGAAUCGGACGUCAUGCGUUUAUCUACCCUCCCUUCAUCCACGUCAGCCAAUCACGGCUUAAGCUGUUCCUUCCAUAAGCCAAUAAGAGGACUGCUCGCUUUUAGCUGGAGCAAAUCCUCCAGCCAAUCAGCAGGGAGCAGCUUGUCAUUCAAAAUUGUUUUUGUUUUUUUUUUUCCCCCCCCCUGUGGCUAGUGAGCACUUUUCAGAAACAGUUUUGCCAACAGUAUCUGUAUCAUAUCUUUUUAUCUUAUCUGGAUAAUGCUACGCUAAAUUUAAACAUGUAGAAAAAGCCAACAUGUGAACAGGGGAUUAUCAUCAGUUAUAUGGAUGUUGUCUCCUCCUGCAACAAAAAGCACUGCAGCUGAUCAGGCUCUUCUAUCAGGACGCUUCAGGUAUUUGGUUUUUUUUUCACCUCCUCCUCCUCCUCCUCCUCACUGGUCAGGAGGGAGCUGGUGUUUUUUAAGUUGCGGGCCUGAUACGUUUCUGCUCCAUUAAACGCACUUGUAAAAAAAAAGAAAAAAAAGAAAGAAGCCCCUUUUACAGAGGAUAACGACAUCCAUAUCACCUCCACUGAUGUUGACUAUAACAAUAUUAACAUUCGUUGUGGAUAAUAAUAUAUAAAAAGCAUCUUAAGAGCACAUAGAUAGAAGUAAGUGUUUGUGUAACACCGCUGUCUAUUUCACAUCAUGAAACUCUUCAUCUAGAUGAUGUUGGAACAAAAGACACUUUAAAAAAAAGAAAAAUAAUAAUAAGGGGGGGAGGGACAAAAUCAUUCCACGUGCUUUCCCUUAAACCUACACAUAGGACAUUCCCGAGUAUUAAAAAUACAUUCCACGUAAGGAGGCAUGUAAGAUAAAGUUGCGGUAAAGAGCAAAGAGAUUUCAAUCGAUGGCGACUCGCUACUGCUGUCGAGAAAGGGAAAAAAAGAGACCAGAGGAUGUUAUCGAGUGAUUGUUGCUGAACGCUUCACCUCAGUCUCUAGAUUGGAAGUAUAAGCUGUAAUCACCUGUAAUAGAUCCGGAUCAUUACUGAAUAGUCUUAAAUAUUAGCCCCCACCAUCAUCAUCAUCAUCAACGUCUCUCCGCUCGUUUCUCUUUCGGUUAAUCUGCAGCUCUCGUAGCUGUUGAAGCUCUUUGCUGAAUUUUCUUUUAUAUUGUCUCUUUUCUUUUACCUCUUCUCUAUUUUUUUUUUUUUUUUUUUUGGGUCCAAAAUCAGAAUUCUGCUCAUUAGUACUGGAGACAUCAUUAAAAAUGUUGCAAUAAAAUGUA